AUGGCGCAAGACUUCAAGCUGUCUGCACAGCUCAUCGGCCAUGAAGCAGACGUGAGAUCCGUCGCUUUCGCAUCCCCUGACGUCGUCCUCUCCGUCUCAAGAGAUUGCACCGUCCGUAAAUGGUCUCGAGGGCCUCAAACGCCGCCCUCUUUCGAAGGAACACUGGUCAGCCGCGGCUCCGAAUAUGUCAACUCUGUGGCUUUCUUUCCAUCCUCUGCCGACCAUCCAAAUGGCCUAGUCAUCUCUGGUGGAAAGGACACCGUCAUCGAAGUAAAGUCGCCAACAGCCGCCUCCACCGACCAUGCCGAACGAUUGCUGAUAGGGCACGCAAACAACGUUUGCACCCUCGACGUAGCCCCAAGCGGCGCAUACUUGCUUUCUGGUGGAUGGGAUGGGCAGGCACGCGUUUGGAAUUUGCAAAAGUGGGAGACAGUUCUAACGCUUGGCGGGCAUGAGGGCAUGGCUGUUUGGAGUGUUGUGGCACUCGACGACAACACUGCCGUCACUGGUUGCGCCGACAAGAACAUUCGCAUAUUUGAUCUCAGCCAAUCUACUGCAGGCGAAGUACAGCCCAAGUCUACCAUAUAUACACCUGACGUUGUGCGGGCUCUCUGCAAAGUUCCCAAGAACCAUCCCACCGGGGCUGACAUUGCCAGCGCCAGCAACGACGGUACCGUCAGGCUGUGGAAGUUGAAUGGGCAGCAAGUUGGAGAGUUGCACGGCCAUGAGAGCUUUGUUUAUAGUUUGGCUAGCUUGCCGUCUGGCGAAUUGGUUAGCUCUGGCGAGGACCGAACUGUGCGAAUUUGGAAAGGGACCGAAUGUAUACAGACAAUUACCCAUCCAGCCAUCUCAGUAUGGACAGUUUCUGCAAACCACGACACUGGCGAUAUUGUAACAGGUGCCAGCGAUAGUAUCGCCCGCGUCUUUACCCGAAGACCCGAUCAGGUGGCUGAUCAGGAGACCCUGUCCGAAUUCGAGGCGUCUGUCAAGUCUUCAGCCAUUCCCCAACAGCAGUUAGGGAACAUCAACAAGGAGAAGCUUCCAGGGCCCGAGUUCUUAACAACCAAAUCGGGUACGAAGGAGGGACAGGUGCAAAUGAUCAAAGAGGAGAACGGCAACGUCACAGCGCAUCAAUGGUCCAUGAGCCAACAGCAAUGGAUCAAUGUUGGUACCGUGGUUGACGCUGUAGGCAGCACGGGUCGCAAAGUUCAGUAUGAUGGAAAGUCGUAUGACUACGUUUUUGACGUUGACAUCGAGGACGGAAAGCCACCGUUAAAACUACCUUACAACCUUUCCGAGAAUCCCUACGAGCGAGCGACUAAAUUUCUCAGUGACAACGAGCUACCAAACACCUACCUUGAUAAUGUGGCCAAUUUUAUCAUCGAAAACACCAAAGGCGCAACACUCGGCCAGACCGAAAGUUCUGGACCGGAUCCUUAUGGAACAGAACAGCGAUAUCGGCCAGGAGAGGCUACAUCACAGCCCAAAGUAAUACCUCAAGAGGAAUAUCUCAGCAUCUCGGCUGCGAAGUACGAGGGCAUGUUCACAAAGAUUUUAACCGUCAACAAAAAUCUCGUCUCGUCAGGCCGAAAGGACGCGGCCUUGAAUCCUGGAGAAGAGUCUGUAUUGUUGUCACUUCGCGAGGCUUUAGAGGCACGUCGGCCGAUUCCUGUUAAAUCGCUAGAGCUUGUGGUCAGAAUUGUGACACAAUGGCCAUAUUCAGAUCGCCUCGCGGGCCUCGAUUUGCUCCGUUGCAUCGCCAGAUUCCCCUCAGUUGCGCAAUUAUCGGAUGGGCAGUAUGGAUCGGUGUUGGACCUGGCCACGACAUGCUCCAUUGAGGCUGAUGCCCAGCCUAACGAAAAUGCUGUCAUGAUGGGCGCUCGCACAAUUGCCAAUUUGUUUAGUACCGCGGAUGGGCGAAGUCUGAUAAGCUCGCAAGCCGACAAGAGUAUUACCUAUCUCGAACGUCUCACAGGAGUCAAAGGUGGACAAGCCAUCGGAAAAUUUAACCGCAAUGUGUUGAUUGCUGUUACAACUUCAGCCAUCAACCUGGCUGUCCUUGUCAACAAGGAGAAAUUGCUGAGUCCGGAGCAGCGAAGACGUCUCGUUAUUGUGCUUGGCGCAGUACUCGAAGGCCAGUCCGACUCUGAGGUGUUGUACCGAGGACUGGUUGCGCUGGGCACGGUGUUGGCGACGUCUAAGCAGGAGGCGAGCGGGCUGGACAUCAUUGGGUGGGUUCGCGGCGCAAAGGAUCGAGGUUCAGAGGAUAGAGUCAAAUCUGUUGCAAAUGAAUGCCUAGCUUUGGUAUCAUGA